GCAAAUUUCCACACUUCAGUCUGUCUUGAACCUCAUUCGGUGUCAAAACGGAAGCGCAGUAUUUUUAAUUUUUUUGCGCCGCUACCGCCAUCCACCGUGCUUCGUCGUUGUCGUAGUUGUAGUCGUUUGUCAACAACAACAACAACAAUAAAAUAUCGCCUACAUAAAACGAGAGUUUAAAAGAUUUCGGACGAAGAACCGCCCCGAACAGUGCCGCCGGUUUUGAAUUCCAGUUAUAUAUUAAUCAGAGCGUUACACCAUAAUCAUUAAGAGAGAAAUCAAAAAUAAAUAAACUUGACCAUCACCAUAACAAUUUUUGGUCUACAAAUAGUUUGACAUAUCUUUGACAUAUUGUACAAAAAAAGUGACACAACAAAGGUUUAUCCACAAAAUUACCGUUGCCGCUUACAGAGUGCACUGAAUUGAUUUUAACUAAAAUGUUGACGAAACUUAUCCUGGUUGGAUGUCUCCUUGGAGUCACAAUUCUUUCAGUCACAGCAGCUGACGAAGACAAUCCAGAACUGUUAAAGAUUCCCGAAAUAACUCGUGACAUGCGCUACGAUCAAGUGACAUCCGAACGAGUUGCCCAAAGUGUGAUGAAUUUUGCUCAUGAUUUAGCAGUUGCAAUCGAUACAAAUGAAUAUCCAAAUACUCAAAUAUUUUCCCCACUAAGUGUCAUGUCAUCUUUGUCCAUCCUUCACAUGGGUGCCUAUGGCAGGAGCUACAAUCAGCUCAACCGACUGUUUGCCACAUCAAAUGGGCUUAACGGACUGAGUUCCGCGAAGGUCCAUGAAGAAUUUGGUUGGUUGUUGGAAGAUGUAAUGACAAAUAGGAACAACAAAAAGAGACCACGCAUGGAUUCGCCUUGGCGAUCAACCCCCUUCAAUCCUAAUAACUUGGGUAAAGGCGGACAAAAUACCCCCACCGAGCAUACAGUACGAGUGGCCAAUGCUCUAUUCGUGCAGAAGGGUUUCAGUCUUAAGCCAGAUUAUGCUUUUGCCGCUCAGUCGGUUUACAAGAGUGAAGUUACUCCAUUGGACUUUAAACGGGAUCAACAAAAUGCCAAGGACUACAUCAAUAGUUGGGUGAAUCAGAAUACGUUGGGUAAGAUUCCAAUCAUCAUCAACGAUGAACUGAGAGGUGAUACGAAUAUGAUUUUGGCCAGUACUCUCUACUUCAAGGGAUUUUGGGAGCAACCGUUUUUGGCUUCGGGAACUGCAAAAGCGAAUUUCUACCCAGACGGGCCCGAAAGUAUGCCAGUGAGAAUUCAGAUGAUGGGUGUUGGUGGAGUCUUCCCCUUCUAUGAUGCGCCAGAAUAUGAUUGUCGUAUCAUUGGCCUGCCUUACAAGGGCAACCAAACCACCAUGUACAUCAUUCAACCUAAUGACUCAACACGUUUGAAGCUCCAGCAAUUACAAAAAAUGCUCACCGGGGAGAAAAUAAACGAAAUGAUUUCAAAAAUGGAACACAAAACAGGAGUUGUUGCCUUUCCGAAGUUCCAUGUUCCCAACACAUUGCAUCUUAAGGCACCUCUCACUCGCAUGGGAUUCGGGGAAAUUUUCCAAGAGAACUCAGCGGAUUUCUCCCUAAUAGCCGACCCAGACCAAAACCAAAACCAACAGGUGCAAGCAGCAGCAUCAUCGCCAUCAUUUUCUCAAAUUCCAAUCCCAGUUCACGAGCAAUUAAACUUUGGUGAGAUCAUGGCUCGUCCAGCUGCACCAGUUCGAGUUGCUCAGAAGGCUCCAAAGUAUGAUCUAUCACAAGGGCCCUUGGAUCGCUAUCAGGAGCAGCCUUUGAUAUUUUCACGGUUUGGCGGUGAAAUGGAAAUGAAGAAUCAGACGGAUCGACUGGGACAGAUAAAUCAAAUGCAAUGGACUCAACAGGGUGAUCUUAUGAUCGGUACACCUUAUGAGCGUUCGAAGCGGGCCGUCACCUACAAAGUUGAGAGUGAAUUUGCACGAGGCAAUACUCCAUUGCGCCUGAAGCAUUUGAUCCUAAAUAAACGCAUAACAAAGACCAAUCCAGGAAAGAAACUCAUACGCAAUCGUCGUGAGGUCGUUCCAGCUUCUGCUCAAAGUCUACAGAGACUAGACCAAAUGCGAUCGACUGCGGGCUUAAAGAAGCCGCAACUUUAUGUCGAUGAUAUCCUUCACAAGGUCGAUUUCAAUGUAAACGAACAGGGCACAGAGGCAGCUGCAGUUACCUUGACUUUCCUGAGGAGAUCAGGGACUGAUGUGGCCUUCCGAUGUGAUACACCUUUCCUAAUACUUAUUCGACAAGAUCUUACAAAGUUGCCACUGUUCUAUGGCAUUGUGAAUAUACCGGCUCAAUGAGAUUGGAGUAUUUAUGUAUUUUAAGAUAGAUGAACUUAUUUUGGAUGACUCAUGUGAUUUUAAGAAAAUUUUCUUUAAAAGUGAUGAAAAAGAGAUCGAACAAAAUUUAUUGAUCAAAUUAUUUUAGUUUUUAAAACAAUCACAAGAACAAACAAAAUUUGCUUUAUAAAUCAUGUAGAAGUGUAUUUUUUCAUACCUAUUUUUUUAAAAUGUUAAACAAAAAUCAAAAACUUAAAAUAAUAAAAGACAAAAAAAAUACUUGAGAAUGAAA